GGCGCCCGGGGGCUCGCCGCCCGCCGGCCCCGAGGUGCUCCCAGGAGCCGCCCGCGCGGAGGCCACCUGGAGGUCCUCGCAGCGCUGGUGCAAUGACUGUAUGCAGGCCUGCCAAGGGCAGCCACAGCCAGACCACAGACCUGAGGUACGGAUUGGCUGACAGGCUGGACUCCAGCUUGUGACCCUCCUCCUCAGCAGACUACACCACCACAUCUGUGAUUACCCUUAUCCCCAUGUAGCCAAGCAGGAAGUUGCAGCUUGGUGGACCCAACCUUGCACACAGCACACUCCUGGCCAAGGCUUCACUUGGGGGUCAGACCCACGUUUCCUGGACUCCAAAGUCAGUCUGUUCCCUUCCUCCCCGGUGCUGUCUCCCCGGAAAAGCAGAAAAUGACUGUCUUUGCCGCGCUGGCUCAGUGUCUAAGAUGCGCAGCCAACGCGUACUGCUCACAGCCCUGUCCUCGUGAAUCUCCACCAGCAGUCCUGUUUCUUUAUGCUGCAGGACCCAGGCACGAGGUGCGAAGGCUGAGGAAGCCCCAGUUCCCUUCCCGGAGACCAUCAGGAAUCGCCCCUCGGCAGGAGCCCCCGGGGUGCGUCCCCGACCUGGGGGCAGUGGUGGACAUGCCGGGCUCCAACGGGGACCUGGUUGUCCCAGGUCUGGCUUCCCGGGAGGCCAGCAGGAGACCCCGCAGCAUCAAGGACAAGAUCUGCCAGUGGGAGGGCAGGAAGAGGGCCGGCGUGCAGGAGAAGCCCCCGGAGCCCCAAGUGCUUGAGCCCCGCGCGCUGCAGGCUGAGGAGGCGCAGGAGGUACCCGAGCCAGGCCGGGGUGCAGGCAGAGCUGGGGCGCGUUGGCUGGGGGCGACCUGGCCAGGCCCCGACCCGCACACAGUGCUGACCCAGGUGCAGCGGCUGGAGCGGGCCCUGCAGGACGGCUCGGCGGGCCUGGACCCGCAGCUGCCUGGGACCUGCUACUCUGCGCCCGGCCUGGCCCGCAAGAUGCAGCGCAGUCCCCCACCCAAGCCCCGCAGGACGUUUGAGCACGCAGGAUGCGCGUCUGGGAUCCAGGGCCGUGGACCCCAGAGAGGACGCCGCCCACCGCUGCCGCCACUGCCGCCGCCGCCCCUGCCUGAGUCCCCACCCCCCGGGGUUGUGAGCAGAAGGCGGGGAACCGCGAGACCCCGGCCCAGUGCUGACCACAGGAAGUCCUACGAGUUCGAAGACCUGCUGCAGGGCCCGUCGGAGAACAGCCACGCCGAUUGGUACGCACAGAGCAGGCUGGGGCGCACGCGCACGCUCUCAGAGGAGAAUGUGUAUGAGGACAUCCUGGAUCCGCCUAUGAAGGAGAACCCAUAUGAGGACAUCGAGUUGCACGGCCGCUGCCUGGGCAAGAAGUGUGUCCUGACCUCCCCUGCUUCUCCCACCUCAUCCAUCCCAGACACGCCCACCAAGUCACUAGCCAAACCUGCCUUUUUCUGGCAAAAUUCAGAGAGGAGGAACUUCAGACUGCUAGACAUGAGGAAGCUGAGUCGGGAUGGAGCCGGGUCCCCUCCGAAAACCAGCCCGCCCUCCACACCCAGCAGCCCUGACGACAUCACCUUUAACCUCGGAGACCUGCAGAAUGGGAGGAGGAAGAGAAAGAUCCCCAAGCUGGUGUUGCGCAUCAACGCCAUCUAUGAGGCCCGGAGAGGGAAGAAGCGAGUGAAGAGGCUGUCGCAGUCCACGGAGAGCGGCUCAGGGAAAGCUCACAGCCAGCGCCUGGUCAACGUGCAGUCUCGCCUGAAGCAGGCCCCUCACUACCCAGCCCGUGAGCUCCUUGAGUGUCAGGAGAGGCAGCUCUUCGAGUACUUCGUGGUUGUGUCUCUGCACAGGAAGCAGGCCGGGGCCGCCUAUGUGCCGAAGCUUACACAGCAGUUCCCUCUGAAGCUGGAAAGGUCUUUCACGUUCACGCGGGAGGCUGAGGACCAGCUGAAGGCCAUUCCACAGUUCUGUUUCCCCGACGCCAAGGACUGGGCCCCCGUGCAGCAGUUCACCAGUGAGACGUUCUCGUUUGUCCUCACCGGAGAAGAUGGGAGCAGGCGGUUCGGGUACUGCCGGAGGCUGCUGCCCGGAGGCAAAGGGAAGCGCCUGCCGGAGGUGUACUGCAUCGUGAGCCGCCUGGGCUGCUUCAGCCUCUUCUCUAAGAUCUUGGAUGAGGUGGAGAAGAGGCGUGGCAUCUCUCCAGCCCUUGUGCAGCCUCUCAUGAGGAGCGUCCUGGAAGCCCCCUUCCCUGCUCUGGGUAAGACCAUCGUGGUUAAGAACUUCCUGCCGGGGUCCGGCACGGAGGUCAUCGAGCUGUGCCGCCCACUGGACUCCCGGCUGGAGCACGUGGACUUCGAGUCGCUUUUCUCCGCACUUAGUGUCCGCCACCUGGUGUGCGUGUUUGCCUCGCUGCUCCUGGAGCGCAGGGUCAUCUUCAUCGCCGACAAGCUCAGUACCCUGUCCAAGUGCUGCCACGCGAUGGUGGCGCUCAUCUACCCCUUCCGCUGGCAGCACACCUACAUCCCAGUGCUGCCACCGGCCAUGGUGGACAUCGUGUGCUCGCCCACGCCCUUCCUCGUUGGGCUGCUGGCCAGCUCACUGCCGCUGCUGCGGGAGCUGCCCCUGGAGGAGUGUGAGCAUGGCCCGGAGUGCAGCCCCUUGAGCCAGGUGGUGUCUGAGGCCUUCGUUCGCUUCUUCGUGGAGCUCGUGGGCCACUACCCGCUGUUCCUGACCACGGGCACGGGCGAGCGCGAGGAGCGGGCCCUGCAGCGCGAGGCCUUCCGCAAGGCCGUGUCCUCCAAGAGCCUGCGCCACUUCCUGGAGGUCUUCAUGGAGACGCAGACCUUCCGGGGCUUUAUGCAGGAGCGUGAGCUGUGCCGGCAGGAUGCCAAGGGUCUGUUUGAGGUCCGUGCCCAAGAGUACCUGGAAACACUACCCAGCGGGGAGCACAGCGGCGUCAACCGAUUCCUGAAGGGACUGGGCAACAAAAUGAAGUUUCUCCACAAGAAAUAGUCUGGCUCAGCCUCAGGGGAAAGGUCCUGCCCAGUGACUGCAGGUUUCAGCAGUUCCGGGAAGUCUCCCUUGAGGACCUGGGUGCUGGGAUGUCCCAGGGUCGAGACAGAGACCAGGAUGGCCGAAGCCAACAGCUCUGCCAAUGACAGCUCACAGGCUGCCUACAAGCUAUUUUCAUGGUUGGUUUUGGGAUCUGGUGAUUUUUAAUAUUCCAUUGUUAUGCUGGGGCCACCCAACAGGAGAAGAAAGGAGGGACAGGGGACAGGGGAGCAGGGAGUGCAGGACUAUCCUGGUGGCACCCACAGUCAUACAGCCUGGGAUAAGGAUCCUCCAGCCAGGUCAGUGACGCCACCUGGUGGCCGAGGCCAUGGACACCUGCGUGACGUGGACCAAACUUACUAGUGGCCUUUUCCUCCUGAAGCCAUAGAAGUACCUAAAGCACACCACCCCAGGCUCGAGGGCACCCACAGGAAGAGGGGACUGGGCAUUGUGAAUAAAACAUUCACGAGCUCUAAAGCUGUGACACUGGUGGAAGCCCCCCCGAACCCUUAGCCAUCAUGGUGACCAUACUUAUGCACAGGCUGAGAGGACUCGGGAGGGCUGCUGCAGGCUGGGGGUGGGGGUGGGGUGGCCUGGGAAGACACAGGGAACCAGGGCUGCAGGCUGAGAGUCACCGUGGGGCCAGCAGGACAGCAAGAUGGACUCUCAGGACAUCCUGGGGCCUAUGCCCCGGCACCCCCUCCCUGAUCCCCUAGGAGCUGACACAGGUAGACUCAGAUCUGAGUGGCGACCUGGGGGGCCCUUACUGCACUGCAGGUGUCCAGACCUGUCAGGGAGUCAGGACCACCACCCCAAAACCGCAGCCUGGGGCACCCAUUGCUUUUCUAGAAAAGAUCCACGGCUUACGUCAGGUUCACAGGGACUCCCCUCAAGUCGGGGAGCAGGCUGUGCGUGAACAUUAAGGGAAGGAGGGCCAGGCACAGUGGUACACGCCUGUAACCCAGCAGCCUGGGGCAGGGGGUUGCUAGGAGAGCAAGGCAGGCCUGGGCGACAUAGGAUAAGUUCAAGGCCAGGCUGAACUACCUAGCUAGACUGUGUCUCAAAAGAACAAGAAGAGAAACAUUGACCCAAGGAGCUGUGUGGUGGGCACGGGGGAUGCCUGGAUGACAGCCUUGAUGUAGGGACACAGGAGUUCAUGUCUAACAAGUGCCUCACAUUUAUUCUAUUAAUGGAAAUUCUGUAUAUUUUUAUAUUGUCCAGAAAUAACCACUCUUAAUAUUUGGAAUAUGCUUUUCUUUUCUAACUUAUUUCUUAUUAUAUUGUUUACUUAAGACUUCCACAUGA